AUGCCUCAACAACAAGAGAGAAAGGGAAAUUACGCAAAGACAGCAUGUAUUCAUUGCAUAAAGGCGAAAAAGCGAUGUUCUGGUGACUCCACCUGUGACAGGUGCACAGAACGUGGAUUAGUUUGCUCUUAUCCGAUCACAUCAAAAAAACGUGGACCAAAAUUUAAAUAUAUUAUUGAGGAUACUCAUGAAGUACAAGGAAGUUCUAUCGACCUUGUUCAGUCCUCUGAUUCAACGUUAGAGGAGGGAAUUAAGUUAGAGAAUAAUGUGCAAGAUCUUGCAAUGUUCUCCACUUUGCAAAAACCGUCUCCAAAAAUUCAAGAUCAUACACAAACUGAGCUUCAACUUUUGUUAAACGAUACUAACCUUAAUCCGGACACUAUCGCUAAUUUUAGCUACUAUUUAAACAAUAAUAAUAAUUUGAUUGGUUCUAAUUCGGGUAAUUGUGAUCCCGUUGAUCCAUUACAAGAAAACUUCUUUCCUCCUCUGUUUUCUAUUCAAUCGUCUAUCCCUAACAACAUGAACUCUAUGAACACUUAUGAUACAACUUUACCUAAAGAAUACUGCAUUUCUAGUGAUGCCUCGUAUGAUAACAAUUGUAAAUAUAUUUCGCAAAGUAACACUUUUGAAUCCUCAACACUCCCUGCGACUCCUUUCGAAAUUCACGAUUUCAUACUCUGGGAUGAUUUCAAUAGAAACGACCAGCAAUAA